AUGAGAUGCCUUGACACGGAGGAAGAUGACAUCAUUAAGCUCCAGGAAUGUGACCUACAGGAAGUAGCAGAGCGGUUCAAACUGACCCUUAUUGGCCGAGUGUUUCAGCUAAAGAGCUUGAGCCUCGAUGCUCUGAUCAACUUGCUCCCCAAGCCAAGAAUUUGGAAUGUCGAAGGCAGGGUUCGUGGUACGAACCUUGGGAAUGGACGGUUCAAAUUCGAUUUUGACAAUGAGGAAGACCUACAAGCAGUACUGAAUAAGAGACCCUGCCAUUUCAACCAAUGGAGCUUUGCCUUGGAGAGAUGGGAACCAUUUAUCAAAGAAGACUUUCCAAACUCCAUCCCUUUCUGGAUUGGGGUCACAUGA